GAAAUUCCAGUGAUUCAGAAGAGGAAGACCGGAGUACCAGCAGCAUAGAAAAUCAGGCCAUCCCAAACUCUCACAGGGUACCAGAUUCCAAAUUGCAUUCACCGCACAUCAAAAUAGAUAUCAUCAGGAAAGUGCAAGCCAAAAAUACGCAGCGCUAUAAAGUGGAAUAUGAUUCGCAGAGCACAGAUACACUGAAUUUCUCUUCUGAAUCCAAACAAGAGACUGAAUAUGGUCCCUGUCGUAGAGAAAUGGAAGACACUUUAAACCACCUAAAGAUCCUGAAUGUCUUGAGUCCCAGGGGUUUUCAUAUUCCAAAUUGUGACAAGAAGGGUUUCUACAAGAAAAAGCAAUGUCGACCAUCCAAAGGCCGAAAGAGAGGUUACUGCUGGUGCGUUGAUAAAUACGGACAGCCGCUUCCUGGGUAUGAUGGGAAGGGAAAAGGAGAUGUCCACUGCUACAACUUGGAAAGUAAAUGAGGGCUG